CUCGAGGGCAUCUCCGCCGCCAUUAGAAGUCUCGGUGAACUCCAACCCUUUGGCCGAACGUCGACAAACCAACCCCGUACCGGCAGCUACUGUUAAAAUCAAAUAUUUUUAGCUAACGCUAAAUUAAAACAACGCAACCUUGGAAACUAAAACUAAUUUUCUUUUACUAAAAGGUAAUAUACAAAUACUAUUAUUUGUAAAGCGUGGGCGCGUGGUCGCUUGGGCCGGAAGUGAACAAGCGAAGGUGCGUUCCAUUUAUCACUUCCCACUUCCCUGGACUCAGCAAGAGGCCUCCGCGUGACGCCGACACGACGUCAUACCAAGUGCCGAGGGGAAGUCGGCGAGGGCAACUCCAAACGGUGUUGGAACGCAUCGAGAGAUUCCCGCACGUUACGUAAACACGUCGCAAGGUGACGUCAUCGCCUGACCCACUUGACUGGGCUGGGCAGAACAGACGACAAGGAGGAGGAGAAGGUCCGUUGACGGAAUUUAAACACCCACUAGACCUUCCAGGAGGACAUUAGAGGAGCAUUCAAAUAAGAUCACUUCCUGUACCCGCCUGAACCUUCCUCCACACCAUGUCCCAGGACAAGAGUGGCUACCCCGUCAUGGGGGAGACCAACCCACUCCAUAACAACGUCUACGGACCCACGCAGCCGGGCUUUGGCAUGCCCCCGCCCAACUACCACCAGGCCCCCGGGGGAGCGUACCCGCCGCCGCCCGCCGGCUACGGCCAGCCAGGGUUCCCCCAGGCGGGCUUUGGCCCUGCCCCCUACCCCCAGAUGCCCUACCCCCAGAUGCCCUACCCCCAGGGUCCCUAUGCUCAGGGGCCCUACGCUCAGGGUCCCUACCAGGGACAUGGGCAGCCUGGCUUCCCUGGAGGCCCCUCUGCUGACGGCAGCCCCGGUUACCAUGGCGAUGUGCCUCCCACCUACUACGACAACGAGGACUUCACCAACUCAGGCUUUGAGGACAAGAGCAUCCGACAGGCCUUCAUCAGAAAAGUCUUCAUGGUUCUCACUGUGCAGCUGCUGGUCACCUUCUCCUUCGUGGCCGUCUUCACCUUCGUGGACGAGGCCAAGCUGUUUGUGCGGAUGAACCCAUGGACGUACUACAUCUCCUACGUGGUCUUCGUGGUCUCUCUCAUCGUGCUCAGCUGCUGCGGGGACUUCCGCCGCAAGCACCCCUGGAACCUGGUGGCCCUGUCCAUCCUGACCCUGAGCCUGUCCUACAUGGUGGGCAUGAUCGCCAGCUUCUACGACACCGACACCGUCAUCAUGGCCGUGGGCAUCACCGCCGUCGUUUGCUUCACCGUGGUCCUCUUCUCACUCCAGAGCAAGUACGACUUCACUUCCUGUCAAGGCGUGCUGUUCGUGUGUCUGAUCGUGCUGGUGAUCUUCGGCUUCCUGUGCAUUUUCAUCCGCCAUAAGAUCCUGCACAUCGUCUACGCCUCGCUGGGGGCCCUCUUGUUCACCUGCUUCCUGGCCGUGGACACCCAGAUGCUGCUGGGCAACAAGAAGCUGGCCCUGAGCCCCGAGGAGUACAUUUUCGCCGCCCUCAACCUCUACACGGACAUCAUCAACAUUUUCAUCUACAUCCUGGCCAUCGUGGGACGCUCCCGUGAAUGAGGACGCGCCUUCCUCUCGCCGUCCCUAAUUCACGCCUCCUGCCCCUCAUUCUGCCGUGUCAUGUGGCUGCGGCUGAGACAUCAUGAUGUGGAUGUGGCCGGGCGGGGCGCGUCCUUGAUUGUUUCUCAGCCGCCACUUUAGUGCUCCGUCUCGCUUUUCUUCACUCGCUCACGUUUACCAGUCCUCCGCUUCUACUAACACGGAAUGGCGGCUUUGGUGGCCACGUCACACGGCGCCCGGGGUGUUUGGGCAUGAAGGCAGAAGGUAAGCGGCGCUUGAUGGCCAGAUGCUAGAUAUCUCCUUCCUCCUCCUCCUCCUCCUCCUCCUUCCCGGCCCGCCUCACUGCAUGCCAGCCAUGGAAACCACUCAUCAUCAUUCUGUAGCGGUACGGAGAUGAACGCCUCUACGGCUGUAAAUAGCCCCCCCCCCACCCCCACCCCACCCCACCCCGCCCGAGUCUGCUGCAGUCAUUCCGUGCCAGGCUUUAUCUCCCCUCCCUUCGUCUUUUUCUUGAUCAGUCUUUGAUCAGCGUGAAGUGCAGGUUUGAGUACUGUAUUUAGUUUUUCACCUUUCAAUGAAUGAAGCAUUGAAGUAUCGGUAGAGCUGCUCCAUAUGUUCUUGAAGUAGAAAUUGAGUAUUCAUGAAGUAGCCCCACACUGGAAUCGUGACUUAUUUAUUUAUUGAUCCUCCAGCUGCUGUUACAUCUAACAUGGAAGCAUGGAAGUACAUUUCCUCUUUCUUUCACGUCUUAACAUAGUACUUCCAAUUUGAAGCUGCAUGGCCCUGUCGUGUUGCACGUGCGUGGUUGGCACAUGAAGGAUCCGUGGUAGCGUCGAAGUAAAUGUGCAAAAAGUGUGUACAUAGAACUGCAAAGUGGUUUGAUUUGUACAGACCAGGUACUUUUGGGCUGUAGGUGUGUUCCGCUUGUACAUACAGUAUGCCUUCCUCCUCACUGCUGUUGGCUUCACAUUAAACAUACAAUGUGAAAACG